UUCAUCCAGAUAACGGGACUCGGUGAGGACCAGAACUUCGUGUCAGUCACUUCCUCUGGACCUCUGCUUGUUCAGUAAAAAAAACUUGCUCCAAUUCACCAUCAACAACUUUAAAAUCCGGAACGAAGAUGAGAAGAAUGGUGAAGUAGAAGCCCAGGGGCGCAACGAGCACCGACACGUCUGUUCAAGCUGUGGCAUGCUGCAGAAAUGAAACGUUAAAAGUAACAAUUUAACGUUAAUUUUUCACUUUUUUUUCUUUAUACAACCAUAACGUAAUAGUGAGAUUACUGCUUCAGAAGAUACCACUAUGCAAAGCGACAAAACCGAGCCGGGUGAGUCCAAGGGCGCCGAGAGUCCGAGCGCAAGCGACGCCGAGAAGAAGGCGCUGUGUUCCGCGGAGGCUGAAGCUCCCAAACCCAAGGGGAUAAGUGCCGUCGCGGUGCUCUGGACAUUUGGGAAAUGUCUUGGAGCAUUGCUACCCGUCUACCUGGCUGGUUACUACCGGGUUAGCACCAGUCUGUUGGUGUUCGGGAUGAUGGUGUACACGGGAUGGAAACAUGCCCGAGAAGCCAAAGAGGCACGCCUGAAAUCAGCCAUACAGUUCAUCAGCAACGAGGAGGAGUACACAUCCAGGAAAGUGUCCAAGAUCAAGAGAGAUCUGCCUGCGUGGGUCAACUUCCCAGAUGUUGAAAAGGUUGAGUGGCUGAAUAAGGUGCUGCAGCAGGUGUGGCCCUUUGUUGGCCAAUACCUUGAGAAGCUUCUGGUGGAAACCAUCGCACCAUCUAUCCGAGCCUCAAGUACCCACCUCCAGACCCUCAGCUUCACAAAAGUGGACAUGGGAGACAAGGCCAUGAAGGUCGUAGGGAUCAAGGCACACACAGAGAACGACAAAGGCCAAGUUCUGCUUGAUCUGUAUAUUAGCUAUGUUGGCAACGUAGAGAUCAACGUUGAGGUGAAGAGAUACUUUUGCAAAGCUGGAGUCAAAGGAAUACAGCUACAUGGGAUGAUGCGUGUAAUCCUGGAGCCUCUUAUCGGAGACGUGCCCAUAGUGGGUGCGGUCACCAUGUUUUUCAUCAAGAGACCUAAACUGGACAUCAAUUGGACCGGACUAACUAAUUUGUUGGACAUCCCUGGACUGAAUAUCAUGUCUGAUAGCAUGAUUAUGGAUGCCAUUGCCUCCUUCUUGGUGCUGCCCAACCGCCUGGUUGUCCCCCUGGUUCAGGGCCUGCAUGUAGCCCAGCUACGCUCUCCUUUGCCCAGGGGAGUGGUACGCAUCCACCUACUGGAGGCACAGAAUCUAGUAGCCGGGGACAACUAUGUGAAAGGGGUUAUGGCUGGCUUGUCUGACCCCUAUGCCAUACUGAGGGUUGGCCCUCAGACCUUCACCUCCAAACAUAUUGACAAUACACAUUCUCCCAAGUGGGAAGAGAUGUAUGAGGUCAUAGUCCACGAAGUGCCUGGUCAAGAGUUGGAGGUGGAGGUAUAUGACAAAGACCCAGACCAGGAUGAUUUCCUGGGCAGGACCAAAUUGGAUUUGGGCAUUGUCAAGAAGUCCAUAGUUGUGGAUGAUUGGUUCACUUUAAAAGACACUCCGUCAGGACGGGUUCAUUUCAGGCUGGAGUGGUUGUCCUUGCUGGCUAGCACUGAUCAACUAGAGCAGACCCUGAAGAGGAAUGAAAGCAUCACCAGCAAGGCUGGUGAUCCACCGUCUUCAGCCAUUUUGGUUGUGUAUCUGGACAAGGCUGAGGCACUUCCUAUGAAGAAGGGAAAUAAAGAGCCCAAUCCCAUGGUGCAGUUGUCUGUGCAAGACAUCACAAGAGAGAGCAAGACUUGUUACACAACCGUUAAUCCAGAGUGGGAGGAAGCGUUUACCUUCUUUAUCCAGGAUCCACGCAAGCAGGACAUAGACAUUCAGGUGAAGGACGCUGACCGUGUGCAGACUUUGGGCAGUCUGACUAUCCCGCUGUCCCGUCUACUGUCCAAUUCGAAUCUUUCUCUGGACCAAUGGUUCCAGUUGGACAAUGCCGGAUCUGCCAGUCGUAUCUACAUCAACACAGUUCUCAGGGUCCUGUGGUUAGAUGAGGAACGUAUUCCAUCUGAUGUGUCAUCUAAUCUGGAGGCUGGACUGUCCAAACUACUGCCCCAGCAGACGUCCCCUCAUCCUAGCUUUGCCACAGAGGGGCUGCUUAGAAUUCACGUAUUGGCCGGGCAGAACCUUGUUCCAAAAGAUAACCUGAUGGGGGGCAUGGUAAAAGGCAAGAGUGACCCCUAUGUCAAGAUCAACAUUGGGGGUGAAACAUUCACAAGUCAGGUUAUCAAGAGCAAUCUUAACCCCACUUGGAAUGAGAUGUAUGAGGUGAUUCUUACCGAGCUGCCUGGCCAGGAGCUGCAUGUGGAGGUGUUUGAUAAAGACAUGGACAUGAAGGAUGACUUCAUGGGCAGGCUGAAGAUCAGUCUGAAGGACAUCAUCGAUUCUCAGUACACCGAUCAGUGGUACAAUCUCAGUGAUGUGAAGUCUGGUCGAGUUCAUCUGGUGCUGGAAUGGGUUCCAAAAGCUUCCGAGUCAGACAGAUUGGACCAGGUUCUUCAGUUCUAUUCCAGACAGUCCUACCAAAAUAAGACAGUUCCCUCUGCAGGCUUACUGUUUGUUUUUAUUGAGCAAGCAGAUCGCUUACCAGUUAAGAAGAGUGGCAAGGAUCCAAAAGUGGGAGCAGAUGUUACUCUUGGAAAAAUAUCUCGGAAAACCACCGUGUGUGAUCGGACCACAUCACCUCAGUGGAAUGAAGCAUUCUGCUUCCUUGUUCAAGACCCCAGAGAAGAUAUUCUUGUCGUUAAGCUAUCCCACAGCUGGACCUUGCCCCUUGGUUCCCUGGUGGUGCCUAUCAAAGAGCUGCUCUCUGAACCAGAGCUGGUCCUAGACCAGUGGUUCCAUCUGGAUGGAGCCUCACCUGAGAGUCAGGUUCUUCUGAGAGCCGAACUCAAGAUGCUGAUUCCUAGCAAAUGUCCAGGGGCCACUGACAAGGUUAAGGUCACUUCAGUGUCAGACCCUUCCCCUGCUCCGCAAAAACAGGAGACAGACACAGUGCUGAGGUCAAGUUCAGUAGACGUUCCUCCCACAGAGACUGUUGUCUCUUCGGUAACCUCACGUGAAGAUGAUGACGUGAAGGAAACAGCAGCUGAUGUGAUUGAGGAGAAGGUGGAGGAGGAAGAAUCACCAAUCCCUGCUGUAGCACAACCUCCUCACACUUCCCCAGACCUCGGCUUUGCCAGCGAGGGGCUGCUGAGAAUCAUCCUCAUGGAGGCCCAGACUCUGGUUGCCAAAGAUAAAAUGAUGGGUGGUUUGAUAAAGGGCAAGAGUGACCCCUAUGCCAAGAUCAAUGUCGGAGAGUUUGCGUUUAAGAGCAAGGUAAUCGACGGGAAUCUCAACCCGGUCUGGAACGAGAUGUACGAGAUGGUGCUGAGGCCUCAGUCAGGACAGGAGGUGCAAGUAGAGCUGUAUGAUAAAGACAUGGACAAAGAUGACUUCCUGGGCAGAUUCAAAAUCAGUGUGGCAGACAUCAUCCAAUCCCAGUACACAGACCAGUGGUACACCCUAAAUGACGUGAAGUCUGGACGUGUUCGCCUGAUACUGGAGUGGGUACCAGCAGUGUCUCAUAACGCCACCUUGGAUCAAGUGAUGCAGAUGCAGUCUCUACAGUCUUACCACAACAAGGCCGUUCCCUCCACAGCCCUGCUCUUUGUUUAUUUGGACAGAGCACACUCAUUGCCUUUUAAGAAAAGUGGAAAGGAGCCCAAGGCUGCAGCUGAGCUUGUGUUUGGUAACACAACUUACAAAACCAAGGUAUGUGAUCGCUCCAGAUCACCUCAGUGGAAUGAGUCAUUCUACUAUUUGGUUCGCGACCCCAGAGAGGAGAUGCUCAUAGUGAAGUUGUCAAGUGCAUGGGACCAGCCUAUGGGAUCUCUCGUAGUCCCUGUGAGAGAGCUGCUCUCUGAACCGGAGCUGGUCAUGGACCAGUGGAUGCCCCUGGAUGGAGCCUUACCUGAAAGUCAGAUCCUACUGAGGGCUGAACUCAAGAUCCUGAGCUCGAGGAUGACUGAAGCUCCACAGCCCUCUGUGACUGCUGCAACGAAGGAAGAGAUUCCCUCUGAGCCCACGUUCAAAGCAGUCAUGGAGGAUGAAAAAAGCUCAGAGGAGCCCACGCAUGAAUUGGUGGCAGAAUCCAGCCAGUUUGAAGCAGCAGAAGCAGACGCUCCAGCCUCCACAGAAGACGCUACACCCGCUGAACCAGCUGCCACUCACACCACACUUGAUCCAUUCCCUGCUGCUGCACUGGUGGAGGAACCAACAGAUCCAGAAGAGCAUCCGUCACUGCCAGAGGCAGCAGUUAAAGGAAGCUUUGAACCUCAGCAGAUACAGACAGAGGAUUCCGGUUUAGACAACCUUGCUCAUGCCACAGUGACUGGUCUUCCUGUUGACACCGUGGGGCCGGCGGAGGUCACAGAAAUCCCCAAAGCUGUUCUUCCACCACACACUGACCCCAGCCAGGACUUCGGUAAAGAGGGGCUGCUGAGGAUUCACCUGCUGGAGGCUCAGAAUCUGGUGGCCAAAGAUAACCUGAUGGGUGGCAUGGUGAAAGGCAAGAGUGACCCCUAUGUCAAGAUCAACAUAGGGCAAGUCGCAUUUAAGAGCCAUGUUAUCAAGGAGAAUCUCAACCCGACGUGGAAUGAAAUGUAUGAGGUGGUUUUGAGUGGACACGGCAACCAGGAGAUCAAAUUUGAAGCGUUUGAUAAGGAUUUAGACGCCGAUGACUUCCUUGGCAGAUUCAGUGUUCAGCUAAAUGAGGUCAUCAGAUCCCAGUACACAGAUCAGUGGUACACUCUAAAAGAUGUGAAGUCCGGGCGGGUUCACUUGAUACUGGAAUGGGUUCCUACAGUGUCACAUUCAGUCACACUUGACCAGGUACUGCAGCUUCAGACUCUGCAAUCUUAUCAGAACAAAGCUGUCCCCGCCGCUGCUCUGCUCUUUGUACAUAUCGAGAGAGCACAUUCAUUACCUUUGAAGAAGAGUGGAAAGGAACCCAAAGCAGGAGCUGAGCUUGUUCUGGGUGAAACAACAUACAAAACCAAAGUGUGUGACCGCAGUACCAACCCUCAGUGGAAUGAAUCUUUCUACUUUCCGGUCCAGGACCCUAAAAAACAGAUGCUUAUUUUAAAGUUGUCCAGUGGUUGGGACCAGCCAAUGGGAUCUCUGGUGGUACUGGUCAAGGAUCUGCUUGCAGAGCCAGAGCUGGUCCUGGAUCAGUGGUUCCAUCUGGAUGGAGCCUUACCGGAGAGUCAGAUCCUGCUGAGGGCUGAACUCAAGAUUCUAGAGUCCAAAAUGGUGGAUCUGAUCAGUGCAGGGACUCUGCCCUGUGCUGCCCCUGGUCCUGGAAAUGGACAGGUGAAGCUGUCUCUGUCAUAUGCUUCGCAGGAGAAACAGCUCAGCGUCGUCGUCCAUGCCUGCAGAGGUCUGUUGUCUCAAGGUAAGGAUGGUGUGGACAGCUAUGUUUCCCUCAUGCUGCUGCCAGACAAAAGUAAGGCCACCAAGAGGAAGACGGCAGUGAAGAAACGAGACCUCAACCCAGAAUACAAUGAGAGGUUCGAGUAUGGUCUGCCUGUGGAUGAGGCAAAAUUCAGACGCCUCAGUGUAUCAGUGAAGAAUAACUCGGCCUCGUUCAGGAGCCGCGACGUCAUUGGACAGGUGCAGAUCGAGUUGGCUCAGCUUGACCUGAUUUCCGGUGUCACAGAAUGGUUCACUCUGAAAGACGAAGCCGACUAGUCGCUCUGCUUGCCGAUGUCGUCGUAGUACAAAGAUGAUGAUGUCGUCACUCAACUUGGUGUUAUCCCACUGCUGCAAAUCACACUGAUGCCUUCACCUCCCACCUUUACAGUACCACUGUGGCAGCCUUACCUGCAUCCACCCAGCUCUCUGUGUACUGACACAUAAUAUAGAAUUAGACUGCACUGUAUAUUUACGUAGGUCAAUACUCUCACCGAGGAUAAGUAGGUUGAAGUAGCUAAACGCAGAGUUUACAAAGAUAAAAAGCAAGUUUGUACUGAAGGUCACUUUACUAUAUGAAGAAUUUAAGUUUUUAAGAUUGAGUGCAGCAAGUGAAAGCUAAACAGGCGCAGAAAGAAUGAAGUCAUAUUUCUUUUUCUUCUUUUUUUGUUGUUGUUGCAAGAAUGUUUUAAAUCAGCUUGAAGUGCAGUAACGUUUUAAACUAUAGUUUCAAGUAUUGCUCAUAAAUGCCAAUUCAGUAUUUUGGAUCCGUUUUAUGACUUACAUUGGCGUUAUUAUAUAUAUCACAGCACUUGAAAUUGCUUUUGAAAAUAUUUUUUUUUUAAUAUUUUUUUUUCUUUUCUACAAGACGUAUUUGUUACACCCGUGUCACAAUUAAAUCAUGAUAUGUUUGAUUUUUCUUUUUUGUGUAUAUUUGCAAAGCUUAUGCUUCAGAUCUGAUACCGUUUGUUGAAAGGUGGUAACAAAAAUAAAUGAUUUUGCACAUGUCA